AUGGCCAAGACAAAGACAAAAGCCCAGUCUAAACAGAAAGACAUCCUCCAUUCUACCAAUGCUCCGCUUGUCAAAUCCAAUCCCCUAAAGACAUCCCAGCGGUCUAUCGAAGAUCUCCUCACUGAAGCUGCGGCGCUCCUCGAACAGUCUCAACCCGAGCUUGCACUCCCACUUGCCGAGGAAGCCUUGCGCAGAUUAGAAGCAGAACGGCAAUCUGAAAAGAAUGACAAUGACGACACCGACAUCGACUCCCUCCUGCAACUUGCUGCAGAAGGCAAACCUACACUCCCAACAGCACUAACGCUUGGAGCGGAGAUCCAACUCGCCCUUGGGGAUGUGGAUGCUGCCAGGAAGAGCUUUACACGAGUCACGCAGAUCGACACGGACGGCGCCCUGGUGAGUGCAGAACCAUGGCUGUGGCUUGCCCAGGUGUGCGAGGAUGGCGGCCACGAGAGCAUAGCCCAUUUUGAAAAGGCGACGGAAGUUCUACGCAAUGAGAUCGAAGUUCUGGAGGACGAGGAGGCCCAGGUCUUGGAUCAAACUGCCAGAAUCCUGGAUGAAAAGAAAGCGAAACUGGCCAAUGCGCUGUGCGCCAUGGCGGAAGUCUACAUGACAGAUCUCAGCUGGGAAGACGACGCAGAGCAGCGGUGUGAGACUCUCGUCACCGAAGCCGUCGCUGUGUGCCCUGACCGACUCAGUGCCGGUGUUCUACAGACCCUCGCCAGUGUCAGAAUAAGCCAGACAAGGGUUGACGAUGCGCGCCAAGCCCUCAAACGCAGCAUGGACAUCUGGAAGGAUAUCCCACAGGAAGUUGUCGACAACGAUGAACGGCGGCCCGACUUUGCCACGCGAAUCAGUUUAAGCAGACUGCUCAUGGAAGUUGAACAGGAGGCCGAGGCCUUUGGAGUCCUCGAAGGUCUCAUUCGCGAAGACGAUCAGAGUGUCGAAUGCUGGUAUUUGGGCGGAUGGUGCCAUGUCCUCAUGUCGCAGAAGCCAGAUGUUGGGCCUGAGGCACAGACGAAGAGUCAAGAGACAGCGAAAACAUGGCUGGACACUUGCCUCAGACUGUAUCGCGUGCAGGAGUAUGAGGAUGAGAGGUUGCGAGACCAUGCCCUUGAGCUUGUCCAGCAGCUAAACAAAGUCCUUGGGGUUGAGGACCAGAUGGACGAUGACGAUGCUGCCUGGGAAGAUGAGGAAGAUGAAGAAGACGAGGAUGUCGACGAAGAUUUCGAGGUCGAGGUCGAGGCUAAUGGCCAUGAAGACGGGGAUGUAGAGAUGAGCUAG